AUGGAAGUGGACGGGGAGGGGGGCCCCCUCGAGGGGCCCCCCCCGUCAGGGGCUUUGCAGGUGCUGCCUCGAUCCCAGGGAAAGCCCCCUGCCUUCUUCAUUUCCAAAGCAGAAGAGUGUCAGUCUUCUUUUCCGCCAAAUGUGGAGUUGGCGGUGAAGUUUUUGGAGAAGGGGGUGUCUGUACACCCCAACCAUGUGGGGCUGCUCGAACGCCUCGCAGCCGAAUACGCAGAGAUGGGCAGGGCAGAGGAGGCGAAGCAGCUGCUGCAGAGGGCCAUGGAGCUGCAGCCAGACUCGGGGCCCCUCAAGUUCCUCCAAAUGGCCCAACUCGAAGACGGCGCCGCCAGCCUGCCGCUGUACAACAAGGCCAUUGGCAUGCUGGAGUCUGCUGCGCGGCUGGGCCCCCGCAGCAGCAGCAGCAGCAGCAGCAGCAGCAGCAGCAGCAAGAGCAGCAGCAGCAGCAGCGCAGCAGCAGAGUUCUCGCAGCAGGAGGCGAGGGCCCACUUGGUGCGGGCCUACGCCUCUGUGGCUGAACUCUAUCUCACAGAUCUCUGCGGCGAAGCAGAAGCAGCAGCAGCAGCAGCAGCAGCAGUUAACAAGGCUUUGCUGCUGGACCCCGACAGCCCCGACGCGCUGCUCUGCGAGGCCCAGCUCAAGAACGUCAAAGAGGACCGCGAGGGCGCAAUGGCUGCUGCUGCGCGCCUGCAUGCGGUGCUGAAGCGGCUGCAGCAGAAGGCUGCUGCUGGGCUGCUGCUGUGGCAGCGCGGGCCAGAGCGCGCAGCAGCAGCAGCAGCAGCAGCAGCAGCAGCAGCAGCAGCAGCAGGACAAGAAGAGGAAAAUGCUUCAAUUGAACUCCGAGUCAACGCCGGAAGACUCUUCAUAGAUUUAGAAAUGAUUGAGGAGGCCCUUGAAGUGCUCUGCACCUGUCUAGAAGAAAACGAAGACGACCCCGAGGUCUGGCUGGUGUAUUCCUGCGGGCUGUUGAAAGCUAAGGAAUUUGACUCUUGUCUCAGCGCGCUGGAUGAGUUGAAAGACCGGCUCAAGCAAUUUGGCUUCCCCAGCGACCACCCAAUGGCAGAACAGGAGAAGGAGCUGCGCGAACUGGCGGAGCAGGGCCUCAAUGACCCGCAGCAGCAGCAGCAGCAGCAGCAGCAGCAGCAGCAGCAGCAGCAGCAGGAUAGCAGCGACAGCAGCCUCUCCUCCGAUGACGAGGACGCCUCCUGA